UUCUGGUUUACAGAAAGCUUCCACUUGUUCAUCACUUCUCAAAAUAUUUGUAACAGCACAAAAUUGAAAGAAAGAAAGACGCUUGGUUUCUUCGCGUGAACACACAACAACGUCUUCAAAUAAACUUUUCUCCACAUUUUGCUAUCUUUAUCUCUCACAUAUUACGCCAAACUCUCGGCUACUUUAAUUUGUUUGUUUGUUUUCAUUUCUUUGUUUCUGUUAUACCUUUUUGUGUUUGCAGAGCACGUCAUUUUUCAGAGAGAAAAAAAAACUAACAAGGCAUAAGCACUUGUUGUGUACUGUACUCUGUUUGUUUGUUUUUUUUUUUUUUUUUGGCUUUGAGGGUCGGUUAUAUUUUCAUUUGAAUUUAAAGACAAGUUUCUUUUUUCUCUCUUGGGUUUGUGUUUUCUUUAAGUUUAAUGAAAAGAAAAAUUGUAACUUUACUAGAUUUUGUGUGUUGACUGUUAGAGAGAAAAUUAAGCCGGAUUCAUUGGUUUGCGGUGACCGGAAAAAACUAGAAACAAGAAGACUUUUUGUCUUCCCUUUUUCGUUUUUUUAGUUUCCUUAUAAUAAUAACUAGUUGUCCAAACGUCAAAAAAGUAGUUUUCUUGAUUAUAGUAUAUAUAUUUUCACCUUGUAUAGUAGUAUAGACCGAGUUAUAUUCUCCCUUAAUACAAUCCCGUCAUUUUCUCUAUUUCUUUCUCUCUCUUUUUUCCUCAUUUCCAUUUCUACUUUGUGUUUGUGUUUUCAUUUCUCCUCUGUUUCUUUUGGUUAUCCACUUUUUUCACAGAGUUUAUAGAGAGAGAGAGAAUUAGUUUGUGUAUCUUUUUCUCUCUCUUUUGUUUUUUUGAAUUAUAAUAAUCAUGUCAAUGGAAAAGGGGUCAUUGCAAUCAAAUUCAAAUCUUGAUUGCUUCUUGGAAUGCACCACACCAUUAGUCUCUUCACAAUUUCUACCACAGAGUGAGAUGACAAAUCUUAAUAGGCUAUGGCAUCCAUGGGAAAGAGAAAAAGUUGAAUAUUUCACUUUAAGUGAUCUUUGGAAUUGUUAUGAUGAAUGGAGUGCUUAUGGUGCUGGAGUUCCUAUUAAAACAAAUACAGGAGAAACAUUAGUCCAAUAUUAUGUGCCUUAUCUUUCUGCUAUUCAAAUCUUUAUCAGCAGGUCAUCUGUUAAUUUCCUCAGGGAAGAGACGGAGAGUGUUUGCGAGACGAGGGAUUCGUUUAGCGAUUCGUUUAGUGAUGAGAGUGAAAGUGAGAAGCUUUCAAGAUGGGAUGGAUGUUCAUCUGAGGAAGGUGAUAGUCUAUGGCAGAUGAAUGAUAGAUUGGGUUAUCUUUAUUUUCAGUACUUUGAGAGAUCAACUCCUUAUGGAAGAGUCCCUUUGAUGGACAAGAUUAGUGGCUUUGCUGAAAGAUACCCUGGACUAAUGUCAUUGAGAAGUGUAGAUCUUUCACCAGCUAGUUGGAUGUCAGUUGCUUGGUAUCCGAUAUAUCACAUUCCUAUGGGAAGAACCAUUAAGGACUUGUCAGCAUGCUUUCUCACUUUCCACACCCUUUCUUCUUCUUUUCAAGAUAUGGACCUUGAAGACGACAUGGAGAAUGGUAAACGGAAGAGAAAGGAAGGAGAAAAUAUCCCUCUUUCGCCUUUCGGUUUAGGCACUUACAAGAUGCAAGGGGAUGUGUGGCUUUCGAACAGGAGUGGAAGGGACCAAGAGAGGCUUUCAUCACUUUUUAGUGCAGCAGAUUCUUGGCUAAAGCAGUUGGGUGUCCAGCACCACGACUUUAACUAUUUCAUGGGUAUUCGUCGUGGCUGACUAUUUCAAAUGAUCAUGAAGUUGCACUUUAAACCCCACCAAUGGGGCUGAGUACUGGAGUUCCUUUUUCUUAAGUUUCUGAGGUGUUUUGGUUUGUUGCUUUUGUUAGCAUGAACAGCCUUAGAACUGAAAGGUUCGAUUCUCCUUAUAAAGGCGUUAGUCUUUUACGUGAUGUUCUCCUAAAAUCCUAAACUGAGGAUUUUCCUGUGUCUUAGUGCCUUAAGCUUUGAGAUUUCUGUGACUUGUUUUUGUAUAGGGACUAAUUGACAUGACUAUGAUGACCCCUAGCACUUUGUGAGCAAUUCUUGCACGCUUGUGCAAUUUGCUCCAUCUUUUGUAUAAAUUCUCUGAGGUGCCUUUUUGGUGUUUCUUUUGUGCUU